UCAGAAUUCGCAUCACCGCUACCAGCUGCACAGAACGAUGGAAGCUUCGUCGGGUGAGCCGGAGCCUUCCGAGCCCUCCUUGCAGUGGCAAGUUCUGGAGUUGGCCACUUACACUCUGUUUGUUGGCGCACCUUUGGUCUUUGGAGGCCGCAAAUCUGUGGCAUCAUGGCUGAAGGACAGCAGCCCCUUCUACUUGGAAGGAAUUCAGCGAGACUCGCCUCCAGGUGUGAACUUCUCCAAGCUAUCUCACGCAGCGGCCUAUGAUCUUGGCGCGACUUCCCUUCUAGUGGGCGUCCAGCAUUUGGUGGGCUUGUUGCUAUGCUUGCCGGAAGUCACCCGCAAGAUCAGCAAGUCCUGGUCGGCCAACUUGAUUUGCCAUGCAUCCUUGUUGGGCGCUGGCGCGGGCCUGGCGCACCUUGCAUGGGCACUGUUCCGUUUGAAGGAUGCAGAGAGUGGGUCAAAGAACUUGCCUUUGUCCGUGGUGGUUUUCAUUGCGGGACUUCAUGUGAUGAGCAUCAUCACCUGCAUACCCAUGAAUCUGCACUAUUCCACAGAGUAUGCCUAUGUUUUGAUGGUCUUUGGUUUUCACUUGUCUGGCUUCGCUGCCAACCUCCUAAGCCCGUUGGCCUGGACCUUUGACGAUUCCUACCUACCUUCUUUGCCAAUACUUUGGCUCAUCUCCGGCUUUGACACGAUCAUUGCCGUGGUGGUGCGAGGGCCGGUGCUGCUGUGGAGCAUAGUCAUGCUGAAACGUUUGUGGUAUAUAGAUGGAGCUUGGCUCAUAUUACUUGCGGGGACAUUGGGAACAAUCACCACUAUACCUGCAACGACUCUUUUGCUUAUUGGAUCCUUAUCAAAAUUCCGAUAUUUAAUCAAUCGUGCCCAAAUCAAAGAUGAUUAAUU